AUGGGCGUCAUACACCACAAUGACAAGGAAGAUGAGCACGAACAUCACCACUCGAUAGCCUCACUGCGUUCCAAGUUCGAGAGCCUCGCACAUGGCCACCAUUCACCAGGCCUCCACGGCACUCUCGCAUCCGUGCGAGCUUGGAGUCCGACCAGCGACACUCCGGCGACUGCGUCGCCUGCACAGAGCCCUGCGCCAAGCAUACCGGCUAUAUCGGCGUCGUCCUCCACGACAAGCCUGCCGGACGCCGCGAAGCGUCCGCCGCCGUCGUCUUUCCGUCCACUACCACCGAGCCUCGCGCCCAAACCGCAACUCCAGCCCAAGGUCGAUUCGCCCAACAGAACUCGCACCCCAUCCCCCACUCCUUCCAUCACCUCUCUUUCCACUUUCCUUCCUUCUCAACAUAUUUUUCCCGCUUCUUCGCACCCACCAGCUCCUUCUCCAUUGCGAGCGCCGCGUCCAGUGUCCCCAACCAAGCCGCCAGAGGUAGGGGAAGCGACCGCGCCGCCGUCGCUCGAUCCACCACAACGGGUGCUUCCAAAGGUCCUGCCCAAAGUCAACGUUAGAGGUGCGACGCUCGAGGAGGACACGCGGCGUGUAGCGGACGCGGAAGGCGAUGCUCCCAUCAGCGUGUCCGCGCUGCGGGAGCGGUUUGGGCAAACAGCCAGCAACCCAGUGGUUCGCUCACAACCGGCGGCCUACUUUGAACCACCAGCUCGCGACGCCCAUGCAACAGGUAACGGAGUUGUUGGGGUUGAGGGCACGCCGGUCGCGACCGCUCCAGCUACAAUGGGACCGCCGCCUGUGCCAACCAAACCCACGCCCAGAGCGUUUGGACAGCCCAGUCAACAACUGCCGCAGUCCACGCAGGCGUCCCAGCUGCUCUCCAAAGGCCCAGCCCCUCCCCCUCCACAGCCACGGUCCACCUCGCAGUCGGCCUCGCGUACGGCUUCGCCUGUCCCGGAGACAAGUCUUGCGCCGGCACCAUCUGUCGCCCGGCCCAGAUCCGCUUCACCCUCUGGCCGGCCUCCUCCUCCGCCCAUCCCGCGAUCUGCAAGUCCAGCUCCACUUUUAGUCUCAACACCUACCUCUCGCCUUCCUCCUUCGAUCCCGUUGUUAUCGGGUCCUCAAAGUUACUCUCAAGAGCCGGCAAGUCUUUCCUCAACGCCAUCAUCGACGUCAAGAGGAACUAGCCCACAGCCGAUGCCCAUUGCACUCACAACAACUCGUCGGCCGGCGCCUCCGCGACCGGUCAGUCCGCUGCCACAGCCCACAGUCCAGGUCGAAGAACCGACGCCACUCGUCGCUUCAGCUGCUGGCCCGUCGAGGCCAGCAAAGCCUCCACUCCCAGUGAGGAAGGCGACGCUCCCUGUUGGCGUGAUGGACGACCCACCGCCGCUGCCUAGCAACAAGCCAGCCCCGACGCGAUCGGCCACAAUGCUGUCGACGUCUUCGUCUGAGUCUAACAUCGUCAAGCCUCCGUUACCUGGCAACAAGCCUUCCGCGCCGACGGUGACUCAUGCGAGCGCCGAUCUGCGCCCCGCGCUGCCACAGCGUCCGCGGGGCGAUUCGAUCAGCGCGCCGGGGAUCCCAAUUGGGUUUGCAACGCCGCCGCCACGGCUGCCGGCCCGCCAAACCACUGUGAGCUCAGUGCCGACGUCUUAUCCUUCCGUGCCACUCUCACAACGCCAACGGGGUUCGUCCAUUUCGGCUGAGCCAGGCUACGUGCCGCCUCCACCACCACCCUUCCGUACAGCUGGACAGUCGGCGGCAACGGGCCUGAGUCGCUCCAACACGGUCGCGUCGUCAUCCAGGCUUGAUGUCCGGCGCACCAACGGGAGUUCUCUGUCGCCCGGUCGCACGACGUCUGGUGCCGACAGCGACGACGACGACGAAGGCCCUGCUCUGACCCUGUCGUCCAAUGCACAGCGCCUCUUAGAAGAACACCCCGACUCGACGUACGCCAACCAGACCCCACCCAUCUACGGCAAGAAGGGCACACGUGUCAGGCCUUCACACAGUAUCACCUCGUUCGCCGUGUUCGGGCAGUACGUCGCGGUGGGCCACCAUCACGUUGUCGUCUACGACGUCACCAAAUCUGACGACCCCUUCCUAGACAUGGAUCAGAAGGAGGACACCGGAUUAGAACUCCGCAUGAAGGACCCACGUGUCACUGCACUGGGUUUCCGUCCCUCGCGGGAUCCGGCAUGCGAAGGUCGGUACCUCUGGUGCGGCAACAAGGACGGCCAUUUGUGGGAGAUCGACAUUGACUUUGGGCGGGUCACGACCACCAAACCCGGUGUCCACACCUCGGCCGUGACUCACAUCAUGCGACACGAGUACUACGUCCUGACACUUGACGACACGGGCAAGCUGAACGUUUGGGAGGUUCCAGACGCCGGUGGCAAGGCCGAGGCCGGCAAUUUCCGACUCUUCCGCACCAUGCGCGUUUCUGACCGUGUCACAUUUGCGAAGAUGAUCAAGGGCAAGCUAUGGACGGCGACGGCACCGGCGGUGCGCUCUGCAACCACGACUGCCGGUGUGCGCGGCCCUACCAUUCGCGUCUACGAGCCUUUCGCUGCAGGGAAUGCGCCACCGCCCCGCACUAAUCUCACGCCUGAAUGGACUGGGUCCGCGACUUCAGCCACGGUCGUGCCUCUUAAAUCGGACCUCGUGUACAUGGGGCACGAGGGCGGGUUCGUGUCUCUCUGGAAUCUUGAGGGCAUCGAGCUGCAAUGUGUGCAGGUCCUCAAGGUGUCGACCACGGAUAUUCUUGCUCUCGAGGGCGUCGGGGACCACUUAUGGGCGGGCAACCGGAGGGGCCAGGUCCAUGUGUGGAACAUCGACGAGCUGCCAUGGACGACGAGCAACAUGUGGACAGUUGGGAAGGACGAGCCCAUCCGCGCGCUGGUUGUGGACCCCCGCGCCAUUCCUACGCAAAACCGGCUUCCCCUCUGGUCGGUGACACGCGACGCGCUGUACUCGUGGGACGGCCUGCGCGCCGUCAACUGGUUUGAUAAGCGUAUGGUUGAGCGGCAGCCCGACUACUGCGACUUCCGCCAGAUCAAGGUCCUCGUCGUGUCGUGGAACAUUGACAGCGCCAAGCCGACUGACCUAAAUUCAGGAGGCAUAGAGAACACAAACUUUCUCUCCCAGGUGCUUGGGUCUGUCGACUCGCCGGAUAUCAUCGUCUUUGGGUUCCAAGAGGUCGUCCCGCUCACGGACAAGAAGCUUACAGCGAAGACGCUUCUGUUCGGGAGUAAGGGCAAAGACGGCGGCGGGGCCACGAACGAGCGCGUGUCUGGUGCAUACCGCGCGUGGGGAGACAAGCUCACCUCUGCGGUUAGGCAAGCCAAUCCCGGUACGGCGUAUACCAAGGUUCAGUCUGAGCAGCUCGUCGGCCUCUUCACGUGCGUGUUCACCAAGGACACAGAGUUGGACAACUUCAAGGACAACAUGAUCACGACCGUCAAGCGCGGCAUCGGAGGUAUCUACGGGAACAAGGGUGCGAUUGUUGCACGUGUGGUCCUGGACGACACGUCAAUGUGCUUCAUCAACGUCCACCUGGCCGCAGGACAACGACAUAAGUCUGCUCGCAAUGCCGACAUUGCGGCGAUCAUGGAGAACAAGGAGACGUUCCCGAAGAGUACGCCGCAGUGGUAUGUGCGCGGCGGCAACGGUGAGGCGAUCCUCGACCACGAGAUGGUGGUGCUCAAUGGGGACCUGAACUAUCGCAUCGACCUGCGACGUGAGGUCGUCGAGACCAGCAUCCGCACGGGCGACCUCAACUACCUGCUGGAGCACGACCAGCUGCGCCACGAGAUGCGCGGUAACCAUGCAUUCCGCCUUCGCACGUUCUCUGAGGCUCCGAUCACAUUUGCCCCAACGUAUAAGUAUGAUCCACAUACCAGCGAGUACGACUCGAGCGAGAAGCGGCGCAUUCCAGCCUGGUGCGACCGAGUGCUGUUCACCAAGUCUCCGCGUAUCUCGUCUAUCAGCUACCGCCGCUACGAGGUGAACGUGAGCGACCACCGGCCUGUAAGUGCCGGUCUGGCGUGCGAAGUGAAGAGCAUCGACCCGAAGCGAUUUACGGUUGUCCGCGCGGAAGUGGAAGCCGCUUGGAAGGUAUACCAGGAAGAGCGGCUCAAGGCGAUGGUCAAGGCGUAUGCCGGGUGGUACUAG